AUGGCCAGCGAAAUCCUUGACCGCUAUCAGGCUCUAUCCUCUUCCUCUGAUAGAUCUAAUGUCACAUCCGUUCUCAAUUCAAUUAUCCUCGCACCACCAACCACCUUCAACUCGACUUCUCGAGGCGAUCUCAUUCGCCUGAUCUUGGAAGACCUCAAAUCAUUCGGAAAGGGUAGACUGGCGGGUCCAGGUUCGGCUACAAUCUCGACAAAUGCUGCAAAGGCUUUGCUCGCCGUCAAAACCCUCGGACGGGACCCCUCAGGAUCUGAAGUCAUUGCUCAAGUACAGAACAUGACAGCUCUCUUGGAUUUCCAGUCGUCCUUGAAGGAUUAUCCUGAUGCUGCAAAUGAAGCCAUCAGGUGUAUCGCCAAUGCACUGUUGCUGGUCGAGUCUGCUCGGGCCCGGUUUUUGAGCACAGAUGUCAAUGGUCCCGACGUAUGCGUUCCGCUUCUCGAUAAAGCUUCGACACCAGACCAAAUCUUCAUCAUCUCCCGUGUUCUAUUCCUUGCCUGUGCUUCCGGAAGCCACCGCAUCCAGCAUCUAGUCGAGAACAAGUUCAAUGGACGAUAUCUUGUAGACAUCAUCACCGCCAAGGUGGACUCCCUUGUCAUUCCAGCGCAGACGGCAGCUCCCAUGGCUCGGGAAGCGAUGACCGAUAUCUUGAAGCUCGCUUUCUAUCUUCUUGUUCACUACCCCAAGUUGGUAGAGACAGAGCCGCAGGUGGAACGCAAGGAAGGCGAUGGCAAAGUCAUGGGGGAUUUCUGGAAUUCUCGACUCGACGGUUUCCUCGGUGCAUCGAUCAAAGUCUUCUUGGCACUCUCGCCCAUGUCCCCCUGCCCUCUGGCUGCGCCCUUGACCCACGCAAUCCACGCACUCAUUUCCAUCCCUGUGUCCCCUGCAUUGAAACCAGUGUGGUUCCCCCAGCCCCCGUCUGGUCGUAAUUCGACAAGCAGUUCGCCCAAGUCCUCCACUCCGAAACGGUCAUCUUCUGUGUCGAGUAGCCGCAGCGCAUCUCCAGCACGGGGUUCUGCUUCACCGAAGCCUAGCACUCUCGAACGUGCAAUCUCCGUCUUGACUCGCAAGUCACUCUCCCGACCCUCCUCACCUACAAACCCUAUGAUUGUCGUAGACAAGGCUCUGGAGUUGCUCGACAUAACCCUCGUUCGUUAUUUCCCUGGGACUAUCGAAGUCGACGAUGCGUCUGUGAAGCAGAAGGUGAAGGAAGACGGCCAGGACUCGUUGGACGACAUGGUUCCUCCUCUUGCUGUCUUACUUUCCCGAUUGUGCAUUGGUGACGAGGGUGCUCGGGCGAGGGUCAGACAGUUUAUUGCGCCGGACGACUUGGAUCGGUCAUCACCUCUGGAAAAGAGGGAGGAUCUUUUGGGUCGGUGCUUGCGGUUGCUUGGGUCUGUCUACCACCCCAGACUCAAGGACGCCAUCGGUGAAAUGUUGUUUGCGAUGUGCGAUUCCAAUGCGUCGACCCUGUCCGGUCUGCUGGGCUAUGGCAAUGUCGCUGGAUUCCUCUUCAACAAGGGCAUCCUCAGUGCACCCGCUGCCUCUGAAUCCACGGCACCUACCACAACCGCCACUGGCGAAGCGAUCAAUCCUAUCACCGGCACAACUCAGAAACCCAAGUCCGAACUGCCAGAAAUGACCGACGAAGAGAAAGAACGAGAGAUGGAGAAACUCCUCGUCCUGUUCGACCGGUUGGAGAAGACCGGUGCUCUCCCCAAAGACCAGAACCCUAUUCGCAAAGCUAUUCAGGAAGGCAAGUUGCCGACUUCUUAAACGCCUGUUUUUUCGCCCCUUCUUCCAAAACGUUACCCCUUUCUUGUUUUCCUGGUUGACGACUGAUUGAUUCCAAACAUGACGAUUACCUACGUUUUCCUGCAAAACUAUACCCUAAUUUGUAAAUGAUCUGCAGUCUCAGUAAUGAUUAGAUGUAUAUAGCUCGACGUCCAACUACUAAUGAAAUGUGAUUUGUCCAAUUCAAA